AUGCAAGGACCAAUGGCCUCUUCCCUAUCUUCCUCUUUACUCAUACUUCUUCUUCUUCUUCUACUUUCAUCACUCUUGGCCUCCGCUGCCAACAAUGUCACCUAUGACACCCGCUCCCUCAUCAUCGACGGCCGCCGCAAGCUCCUCAUCUCCGCCGCCAUCCACUACCCUCGCAGCGUCCCCGCCAUGUGGCCGGGGCUGGUGCAACUGGCCAAGGAAGGCGGCGUCGAUGUAAUAGAAACAUAUGUUUUCUGGAACGGUCACGAGCUGUCUCCUGACAAUUACUACUUUGAAGGAAGGUAUGAUCUGGUUAAAUUCUGCAAGACAGUUCAGCAAGCUGGCAUGUACAUGAUCCUCAGGAUCGGUCCGUUUGUCGCUGCUGAAUGGAACUUUGGUGGAGUACCUGUUUGGUUGCACUACAUUCCAGGAACUGUCUUUCGAACCGAUAACGAGAAUUUCAAGUAUUACAUGAAGAAGUUCAUGACAUACAUUGUGGAGAUGAUGAAGAGAGAGAAUCUUUUUGCAUCACAGGGCGGUCCUAUAAUCCUGGCGCAGGCAAAGAAUGAAUAUGGAUUUUAUGAGCCUGCGUAUGGGGAAGGUGGGAAAAGGUAUGCUCUGUGGGCAGCUAACAUGGCUGUUUCUCAGAAUAUUGGUGUACCAUGGAUUAUGUGCGAGCAGUUUGAUCCUCCUGAUACUGUGAUCGACACAUGCAAUUCCUUUUACUGUGAUCAGUUCAAACCAAUAUCUCCUAACAAGCCCAAGUUUUGGACUGAAAACUGGCCUGGAUGGUAUAAAACAUUUGGAGCUAGUGACCCUCACAGACCUCCAGAAGACGUUGCCUUUUCUGUUGCACGUUUUUUUCAGAAAGGAGGAAGCCUAAAUAACUACUACAUGUAUCAUGGCGGAACAAACUUCGGGCGCACUUCUGGAGGACCAUUCAUUACCACAAGUUAUGACUAUGAUGCACCCAUUGAUGAAUAUGGAUUGGCUAGAUGCCCCAAAUGGAGCCAUCUUAAAGAGCUUCAUAGAUCCAUAAAGUUAUGUGAGCAUUUACUGCUGAAUGGAGUACCCAGUAAUCACUCAUUAGGCCCUUCACAAGAGGCCGAUGUCUUUGAAGAUUCCUCUGGCAGUUGUGCGGCCUUCAUUUCUAAUACCGAUGAUAAAAAUGACAAAACUGUGGUGUUUCGAAAUUCAUCCUAUCUCAUCCCAGCAUGGUCUGUUAGCAUCCUGCCGGACUGCAAAAAUGUAGUUUUCAAUACAGCAAAGGUCAAUGCUCAAAGUUUGACAGUCGAGAUGAUACCAAUAGAUUUGCAGCCAUCAGCUAUGCCCCCAAGUAAUGGCUUAAAAGGUCUCCAAUGGGAUGUGUUUACGGAGAAAGCCGGAAUUUGGGGUGCUUCAGAUUUCACCAAAUAUGGAUUGGUGGACCAUAUUAACUCUACAAAAGAUACUACAGACUACCUCUGGUAUACAACAAGCUUAAACGUUACUGAGAAUGACGAGAUAUUGAAACGCGGUAAAGGUCCUACGCUUGUUAUUGAAUCAAAGGGCCAUGCCAUGCAUGUUUUCAUCAAUCAGAAGCUCCAAGGUACUCAGUCUGGAAAUGGCACAGUUCCACGUUUUAAAUUUAGAAGUCCCAUAACGCUCAAGGCUGGAGUGAAUGAAAUUGCUUUAUUGAGCAUGACUAUGGGUCUUCAGACUGCGGGGCCUUUUUAUGAGUGGAUUGGAGCUGGUCCAACGAAGGUCCUAAUUGAAGGGAAGAAGAAUGAAACGCUAGAUUUGACCAACCGUCAAUGGACCUAUAAGAUUGGAGUUCAAGGAGAAUAUUUGAAAAUAUACGAUACAGAUCAUUCGAAUUCUGUGAACUGGUCAUCAACUUCGAAGCCACCUAAACAACAACCCCUCACAUGGUACAAGGCUGUUGUGAAUGCUCCACCCGGGCAAGACCCAGUUGGACUCGACAUGGUUCACAUGGGGAAAGGGAUGGCUUGGUUAAAUGGAAAUGAAAUUGGAAGAUAUUGGUCCCGAAAAGCCUCCACCACCGAGAAAUGUGUCGAGAAGUGUGAUUACAGAGGCAAAUUUAUGCCUAACAAAUGCAACACAGACUGUGACAAAGCCACACAAAGAUGGUACCACGUGCCAAGAUCAUGGUUCAAGCCAACGGGAAAUGUAUUGGUCGUCUUUGAAGAGAAAGGCGGGGACCCUACUCAGAUUCGUUUCUCCACACGAAAAGUCUCGGGAGUUUGCGCGUAA